UCAUGUACCAGGAUUAUCCCGGGAACUUUGACACCUCGUCCCGGGGCAGCAGCGGCUCACCUGCGCACGCCGAGUCCUACACCAGCGGCGGCGGCCAGCAGGUAGGUGCGGGCCCUGGGUGCACCUGGCGGCGCGGGUGGACCCCCGCCCUCCUCUCUCCGCCACUGCCUCUUUUGCUUUCUUUUCCCAUUUUUGUCUUGGCGAGAAAAUUCCUACGGGGUCACCGUUGUAGGUUCUGGAUUUUCGUGUUGUCCGCCCACCGUUCUCCCCCAUCACUUAAAAAACCAACCAACCAACCAACCAACAAAACUGGAGCGGGGAGUGGGCUUGAAGAGCCGGCCAACCUUUUCCCUCACGCUACACCUUAUCCAGACGAGCUCCUGGAAUUGCAGCCUUCCUUCCCGGGAGCCUGUUAACUCCUCUCCCAGAAAUCGUUCCCCUCUCCCCCUUCACUUCUCCGUGGUGGGUAAAAAAAAAAAACAAAAAAAAAAAAAAAAAAAAAAUCUUUGCACUCACUGGCCCCUCCCGACAUCCAAGGACUCUUCCUGUGGGAAAGCCCUCUCCCUCUCUGCCCCUGCUCCCCAUCAGUCUUAAUUUCUGAAAGGGGUUGGGGAUUCGGAAACAUGGUUGGGCUCCUUCAAGUAAUCCAGAGUGAGAGCGAGGGUUGUCGCCCUGGGAAUAGGUGCGAAGGUCAGGAAGGAGGAGGUCAGCCUUGAUAGGCUCCGGGCCUGCGCCUUUGUGCCCCCGUGCCCAUCCAUCUUCUGUUAGGGUCAGAGAAGGAGCUUGUACUGCCACCAGAAGGGGCGCCUUGAGGGUCUGGGAGGGUACCUGGGGCAAGGAAGCCUGCAGAGAAAAGUGGGGGUGGGGGAAGAAGAGGCCUUGCUUAGGCUCUUGGGUGGUUCUGGAAGCGGAAAAACAACUUGUUUCUAAAGCAGCCGGACUGGUUUGCACUGGAAGGAUUGUGCCUGCGAUCUGUGUCUAUAAAUACCAGAAAGGUGCUGCUGGGGUGGGGGUGCCAGUGGGGUGCCUGCCCUGGGCAGCAGCCACUGCCCCCACCUCAGCCCGCCCCCAGGCUUCAGAGGGAGCUGGCUUAACAAAUAAGGCCACUACUACCUGAAGCCCAUCUCCCUCAGGAUCUGCGGAGUCUCUAGCCAAGUUGGCUGCAGCCAAGAAUUGGUCCGGUAAGGCAGUGGCCUUGGCCUCCAGAAGCCAGCCAGCCAGGAGGGGCUGGGGUUGGCUCCUGGGAGGGGUGGACCCUGCCAGAAAAUAAAAUGGAAACAUGGCUCUCUUUAGGAUCUGAAGAGGGAUACCUUGUUCCAAAGUGAUUCCCAAUACUUGGUGAGUCCCCCAAAUGGCUUUUCUGCGUCUUUCCUCUAUCUCCCCUGGUGUCUCCCUAAGCACCGGCUGAAGAGGACCUAGUCUGUGCAUUGAGGGCACAUUCAGUGCACCUUUAAUAAUGAGCACCAGGCGAUGAGUUUUCAAUCUUGUCCUAAAAGUGAUUUUGUUUGCUUUCCCUUCCCAGUGGUGGUUUUUAUUGAAUCCAAAUAGCAUUAAGCCACGGUUUGGAGUCCUAUAUGCUCAUUCCCUCACUCUUUAAUUCAACAAACGCCAAAACAUCCCUCUCCUCCUCCCGGAAUCCCAAAGAGGUCUUUUGAUAUCUUGUCUGUUCCUUUUGCUGCUGUUUUUGUGGCAGUCAUCGUUGCAAUAUUACAAUCUCACCGCCUGGCUUUACUCAGACCCUGGGGCCUGAAUGGGAAGUCAGACCGGACAUCAGUGCCCCGAUUGAAUAAUCUGUGUCACUAGGGCUUUGAGCCCAGGAUGUGAGCAGAGGCAAUUCCCUGUUUUGGAAGAAAAUCAGACAGGAAACCAGUGCGAGGAAGAAGGAAGAGAACUCGGUCCGGCAGGGUGUAAUGGGGCCUCAUUACUGAAGCAAAAAGCAGCUGUUGGCUAAUUCCUAGCAUGCUGUAACACAUGAGAAUUUUGCAAUUAGUAAUAACUAGUGCAUGGGUUCUCGCAUAUACGCCUGCCUGUUUGGCCCAGCAGCUUGAGUGAAGUGCCUUUCAAACCAGAGGGAUUGGCAAGAAGUUCCGGGUAGAUAUGCCUGGCUCAGGCAGCGCCUUCAUCCCCACCAUCAACGCCAUCACCACCAGCCAGGACCUGCAGUGGAUGGUACAGCCCACAGUGAUCACCUCCAUGUCCAACCCGUACCCCCGCUCGCACCCCUACAGCCCCCUCCCGGGCCUGGCCUCCGUCCCUGGGCACAUGGCGCUCCCGAGACCUGGCGUGAUCAAGACCAUUGGCACCACCGUGGGCCGCAGGAGGAGAGAUGAGCAGCUGUCCCCGGAAGAGGAGGAGAAACGUCGAAUCCGAAGAGAGAGGAACAAGCUGGCUGCAGCCAAGUGCAGAAACCGACGCCGGGAGCUGACGGAGAAGCUGCAGGCGGAGACAGAGGAGCUGGAGGAGGAGAAGUCAGGCCUGCAGAAGGAGAUCGCUGAGCUGCAGAAGGAGAAGGAAAAGCUGGAGUUCAUGUUAGUGGCCCACGGGCCCGUGUGCAAGAUCAGCCCCGAGGAGCGCCGGUCCCCCCCAGCCUCUGGGCUCCAGCCCCUGCGCGGUGGAGGCGGCGGAGUGGGUGCCGUCGUGGUGAAGCAGGAGCCCCUGGAAGAGGACAGCCCCUCAUCCUCAUCGGCCGGGCUGGACAAGGGCCAGCGCUCUGUCAUCAAGCCCAUCAGCAUUGCUGGGGGCUUCUACGGGGAGGAGCCCCUGCACACCCCCAUCGUGGUGACCUCCACGCCUGCCAUCACUCCGGGCACCUCGAACCUCGUCUUCACCUACCCCAGCGUCCUGGAGCAGGAGUCACCUGCGUCACCCUCCGAGUCCUGCUCCAAGGCACACCGCAGAAGCAGUAGCAGUGGGGACCAGUCAUCAGACUCCUUGAACUCCCCCACUCUGCUGGCUCUGUAACCCAGCUCCCAGGGGGUCCUCGUCACUGCCUCCUUCCCAGGGACCAGCACCUUCAAGCACUCCAGGGCCGUGAGGGCAAGAGGGGGACCCUACCAGAGAAGAGAGCUUCCCGGCUCUGGGGACACCCAGGUGGGAUUUGGCGGUGAGGUGUUGAGGACUUUUGGUGAUCUCUUAGAACUCACGGGACCUCCUCCCUCGUUCAUCUUGCAAAGUGAAUCCUGUGUCUUGAAAAGCCUUGGAGAACUUGGUUCAGUGGACUCAGGCAUCUCUCUGGCUUCUGAAGAGCCUGAAGCUGGUGUGGACCGUUCCUGUCCCUUUGUAACAAUCUGUCUCUGGAGUGAUGGUGUCCUUCCCCGCCCCACCAAGCAUGCUCAGUGCCUUUUGGUUUCACCUCCCCUCUAUUCGCCCCUUCCUCUCCCCAGUGUCGAUUUUACUUCCUCUUGGUUUUUAUCAAAGUUGCCAUGACAUUUCAUCGGGGUGGUCUGAAUAUUAAAGCUCUUCAUUUCUGGAGAUGGGGCAGCAGGUGACUGACUCUUCUGCUGGGGCCGACUUGUCCAGAAGGGGACAGUCAAUGUGCAAUACAGAACCUUCCCUCCCUUGACACUCCCCGGUCCACCACCAUCUCCAGAACCACCAGCAGGGCUCCCUGAGCUCUCAAGGAGAUGCUGCCAUCACUGGGAGGCCUGGAGGACCCUUCCUGCCCAUCCUUGGAGACAACUUUUGGAGGAGCGGCUUGGCCAGAAGACAGGGUGUGAGUGAGACAGACGGGGCACAGGUUGGGUUUGCCAAAUGCCUAAUUACCAGGCCAGGAAUAGUACCAACAAGCCACACAGGUGUGUCGCAGCCAGCUUCCCUUGACCUGGUGUCUUGAGCAGGACGUCUCCUGUAAUUACUGCCUCGCCAUCCUGCCCCUGGACCCUUCUACUAGACCAGGGAGGUGUCCCUCCCUAGGAACCGCACAGCACUCCCAAGUCUCUAUUGGCUCUGCCAUCCCCGGUCUGGCUCUCAGGGUGACGCCACCCACAGAAAUUUAAUGAGCGUGGGCCUGGGCCCUCCCCAGAUUACUGCCCGGGGCAGGGAGGGGGGGGCACCUCCCCAAGCCUUGAAGGCACCUUUGCUGUGAAGGGAAAGGUAGGGGAGGAAGGAGGGGAGGCAGAGUGGGAUUCGCCUCUCAGUGAGAUGUCAGGCCUUUUCUGCCCUCUGUGGUCAUCAUCUGCUACCUGAUGGGGUGCUUUCUCCCUUCCACACCGUGUCCUCCCAGUGUGCUCCUCAGGUCCAGCCAGCCAGCUGUGAACCUCUGGCCCAGAGCUGUUGCUAAGGCUUGGGGCUUUCAUGCCCUUCCUGGGGGCUGCUGAAAUCAGAGAUGAGAUGUAUUGCUUCCCACUGCAGGGGGCGGGGCGUGGGGGCGGGGGUCCUCCUGGCCUCUUGCAAGAGCACAGCUGAGCGAGGGCCCUGCCUCCCACCCCUCUGAGCCUUUUUCUCCCUAAGGCAAAGCGCUGGCUGAUCUUCUAGAAUUGGCCUCUGCUGGGCUAGUGCUUUGGGGGAGACCCCACUGUUGUGAUUCAGCUCUAGAGAUCAUUGUAUGAUAAUUUAAAAUUAUAUAGAUAUUAUUUAAAUCAAACCCAGUGGGGGUUAAAUUUCAAAGUUAGUCUCGGGAGAGAAAGAGAGAGAGAGAGAGCUGUGACACAUUAGCUCACUUGUUCCUUUCACACACCCAGGCCUCGAGGGCGGGUCCUUACUUAAUGCCCCUGACCCUCCUCUGUGCACUAAAAUGGAACACGCAGAAUGGAGCCGCCAAAUGCUUAAAACAUGCAGCCCGCUCUGACUUUAAGUGAUGUGGGGAAGGAUAAGCCAUGCAGAGAGUGGAGUUUAAAAGAAAAAGGAUUUUUUUCCCCCAAAAAACCUUAAAAAUGUUAUUUCCCACAUUCCUUGGCUAUGAUGCUGCCCUCCCGAUUUCCCAGAGGUUCUGGGCGGGGCAUUAGAUUGGGCAAUUGAGUUUCUGGCUUUGGAUUAACGAAAGAAAUAGCAGUCAGCCAGGAAACGCAGGAGGUGGGCAAAGAAAACUGGGGUGCGCUCUGCUUUGAAGGGCUUAAUCAUCUCAAGUGGUAUUUGUGGCCAAUUGGGAGCUAUUUGCUUCUUUUUGCAUAUAUAUAUAUAUAUUAUAUAUAUAUAUAUAUAAUAUAUAUAUAUUAUAUAUAUUUCCUAAAUGAAGCUGCUUUUUGGUGUUUUAUUUCUGAAAGUCCCUUUGUGCCCCCCUUUGCACAGCACUGAUCCCGAGGCAGGCCGUAAUCUGUGACUUGGGGCCAGGCUGGACAUUCCUGGGAUAGCGUUUGGCCUUAGUACAGAUUUCAAGCUGUGUUGGCUUUGGGACCAGCAGGAGGGAAAAACCACCGCCUCACAGGGCUUUAGAGGCCUCUAAGCUGCGUUCCCAUUCAGGACCCCCUGGCUUUGUUCUUGGAGGUGGGUUGGCUUCCCCAAAGCCAGAGGUUAUUUGGGGGAAGGCUGACCAUUCACACCUAACUCAUGAGCAUAUCCUCAGUUAGCUGAGGCUUCUUCUGGCUUGUUCUUGAAGUUCCUGCACACACACCAUUGUUCCAGAAUCACCGGACUCCAGGCCUGCUUUCUCCUCCCGUGGCUCCGACUAAAGGAACAGCUGCAGUGGGGGCGCCUUGGUGCUUAAGCUGGGAACUGCUGGGCCUCCCCUGUGUCCCCAGCCGCGAGGCAGCUGGUGUGGACUCCAGUUGGGCUGCAGGCAGCUCUGGGACGGCAUAGGGCAGGCACGCCUCGACAGGCUAGUGUGAAACACACGGUCCUCGUGGCCACCUGGCUGGCCUCUCUGGGAUCUGUCCUCUUCCUGGCUGAGUGGAGGGACACAGCUGCUGACACAGGAAAGAGAGGAGAUCCCAGGUGAAGCUUAGGAAAUAGCCGGGGCCAGCUGCACGCAGAGCUUUCGUGGGGAAGUUUGCAGAAAGACAUCAUUGUUCUGCCUGUGAGAAAGGCAGGUGCGCCCACUGGCCAGUCACACAAGCAUCUCGGCCAGGAGCCAUCAGAGGCUAUGGCUUCCUUUCCUCAGGCUUUGGGGACAAGAGUCUCUUCUCUGCUCCCACUGGGCUCUGAGUCUAAGGGAGGGCUCGACGCCAUAGGCAAUGGAACUUUUCUCCCUUUGAUGGACCAACAAAUGUUCCUGCAAUCUCAUGUUUACCUUUCAGGUUGAUCUCCUUUCCUGAUCAGAUAUCACACAGCCCCUCGAAGAAGGAAAAGAAUAAGCACCUACUAUGUGCCAGGCACUGUAUUAGGCACUUUUAUAAAUAUACCCUCUUUAGGAUGAGACUAAGGGGCGAGGGUAUCCCCUGUUAAAGGCCCCCAAGUAACAGAUAAACAAAAACACUUAGAGGUGAGAAGGUCCGUCUUCAAAGAUCUCAGGCAAGGUUGCCCUCAGUUGGAGGUUUGUUCUCAAAGACCCAUCCCCCACAGUACCCUCCCACCUCCAAACUUCUUUUCCCUCUCCCUUGUCAUGUGCUCCUUUGGACUCCUCAGAUGGUUGGAGGGGUAACCUGAGUCCUUCUAGAAUUUGUGGACCAAUAGGAUACGUGAUGUGUGUAACUUCCUUUAAAAACUUAAGUAAAGGGGUCUUGCUACUUUCUGCUUGUUGAGUCUUCUUGGCAUUUAUCUUAAAAGCCAGCAUCUCACUAUUUAUUGACAGGUUGGGUGUGUGUGUGUGUGUGUGUGUGUGUGUGUGCACGUGCACACGUGCGUGCGUGCCUACAUUUCCAAGUGUGCCUCCUGCAGCUUUUAAAAAGAAAACUCAGUCAUCCCACUACUAAUCUGACAUCUCAUGCUUCUAGUGUUUGGGCCAUACAUUAACAGAGGAUUUUAAUUGGCCAGUGCUGAUGUGUUCAGGAAAGGCUGGGUCAAUUUGAGCGGGGCAUGGGAAGGGGAGGGGGAGAAGAAAUUGACAUUUAUUUUAUUAUUUAUUUAAAAUGUUUACAUCUUUGUGUUGUACCAAGCCUGAAUAGAAACAGCAUUAAAGUACUCAGUUCCUCUCUCCCUCUCUUUCUUCAUUUUUGUUUUUAAAUUUAGGCUAAUGAUGCUUUUUUUUUUUGUUUCUAAAAUGACUUGUGACAUGUGCUGUAUAAACUGUAUAAAAAGGUUCUGUUCUUAAAGACGGAUGGUCAUUCCUCUGGGGACAGUGGUCACCAAGAAGUCUAUAUUGUAAGAGAAUACAACGUUCCUCAAAAAUUAUUUUCUCUGUGUGAUUAAACGUUUAUUCCAUUUA